ACAACUUCGUUCGCGCCGAGGAGAAUGAACUCCAGCCCCAAUCCCACACCUCUCGACUAAUUCAUUUCCGGCUCGGAAAGAUGAGCAAAUCCAGGCCUGACAGCGUCUACGCCGAUGUGCGGAGAAUCCGGCUUGUGGCGGAUGGAUUCGAUCCCGAUAUCGCGGAACGAGUACGCAUCCUCACGGAGACACUGGAUGAAUACGCCGCCAUUCUCGCCGCGAACCAGGAUGCGAGACAGGAUAUUGGCAAUGCCACCAACCCCUCUAUCUGGCCUGUCCUACGCUCUCUCUGGGACGCCGCCGCCGACGCCCACGCAGAUUCUGAGGCCGAUGACGCCCCGCGCCUCAUCCAGCUCUCCGUCAGUUUGGCCAGGUUUACGCGUAAUCUCGUAGCCGCCACCCCGGCCAAUCAGGAAAAUGCUUUCGCAAAUGAAAGCGCCAUUAGACGUCUAAUCUAUCACUACACUACCUUUAAUGCAACUCAAGACGCAAGCUCGUUCCCGGCCACACGGAUGCUCUCACAGGCGUUGUCAAAUAUUGUCACGGGCAAUGAUGCAUUAACACAAAGCUUAUGGUCGACCUAUGUGAACCUACCGGAAGAGCAGCUCAUACUCACCCGUCUCUUUGCAUCACCAGAUGCACGCACGGUCUCCUCGGCAUUCGUGCUCGUACUCAAUUGCGUCCACGAUAACGCGCACAGGGCGGAACUACUUGUUAGAAGCCCACGCGGACCCCGAAUAUGCCUUACGAUGCUCGACCGUAUCGCUUCCUUAUUCGAGGCGGAUGAAGAAAGCGAGGAGGGGCGCGCCUUUGUCAUCGGGUACGAGAUAAUUGAACGCAUAAUUGAAGCGGGCCUGGUGGCGGAGCUGUACGCUCGUCUGACUGUCGAAGACGAGGUGGUCACGGCGCACCAGACGACGCUUCUCAAGCUCGUCGACUCGUACCUGCACGCCUCGCAACAGGCCCAUGAGGUCGCGUUGUCAAGGCGACACGCGGCAGACAGGGGCCGCUCCCUCUUCGACGUGCUCACAGAAGCCUUCUUCGCGCUCUCCAAGUACGCGCAGGACGCAAUUCAACGCGCCCUUGGGUCCGGCCGCACGUCACCGCCCCGCGAAGCGCACUCCAAUCCUCCGCCGAGCACGGAGGUCGCAGGAGAAGAGCAGCCAGACGCGGCCCCACCGCCGCUGCAGAACCUCGAUUUGCUCCUUCCGAAGGUCUGCGAGGCCCUGGUGCUCGUCACCCAAUGCCUGACGACGGUGGCGUUGCGGGCUGAGGAAGCCGCGGCCGCCGCGACGCGUCCCGGGGACACGCAGCCCAAGCACUUGUCACCCAAAGACCUCCUCGUCGCCGCCACGGCGGAACGGUCUGGCCCGCGGCUCGUCGAGAGCCUGAUUGAAACACUCCGGCUCGUCGACGUGUUUGUGCCGCGCAUUACGUACGGCAGGGUGGCGAAGCGCCCGGUAGUGCCGGAAGGAGCGGAUGUGUUGGGGCAGGGCCAUGAAACCUCUUCCGGAAGCACCACCGAGGACGCAGGUGGGGCGGGCCUGACUGGACCGUCUGCAGAGGACGCUAGUGCAGCACAGGCGUUCGCGCUGGUCCGGCGGGACCUGGUCCGCUUGCUUGGGAUCCUGGCGGCGGAGAACCGUUCGGUGCAGGAGCGCGUUCGGGAAUGCGGUGGCAUCUCUGUCGUCAUGAACCUGUGUGUAGUGGAUGAUUACAACCCAUACUUGCGGGAACACGCGAUAUUCGCGCUCCGGAACCUGCUGCACGCCAAUGCGGAGAACCAGGCGGUGGUGGACGCGAUCAAGCCGGUGGGGAAGUGGGACGAAGAGAAGGUUCUGCGGGACAUCCGAGGCGGUGGUCACGGUGGACCUUAGUUAGCGUUCGGGAUAACCAGCCAGUCG